AUGCUGAGGAUUCCUGGCUACUCGCUCGUGAGAUUGGAUCGCUGUAAGGUUCGGAGUGGCAGAUCUAGGGGAGGUGGUAUCCUCGUUUGGAUUGAGAACACAUGCUCCUUUGUAACAGUACAUACCCUCAAUUAUGAUUUGGAGCAUGUGACUCUGAAGCUUGACUAUGGAGCACCGCUACUUCUCUCCGUUGCUUAUCUGCCGCCAGUUACGUCUCUCUCACCGGUGAUAUUCGAGUCAUCUUUGGAUUCCUUUUGCUGUUCUCUGGAGGAUUCAGCUGCCGGAUAUCCUGAGUGUGCCGUUCUCAUUGUGGGUGACUUCAACCUUCCCCGCUGCACGUGGUCGGCUUUUGAUGGUGUGCUUUCAUCUGAUGCACUAGCAAGUAGGACUAUUCGUGAUUCGGCAUCAAGAUUGGAGAGUUGUACGAGCUCUCUUAAGUGCGCUCAGUUGAUUCGUUCAACAAAUUGCUCUGGAAACACGCUUGAUUUGGCAUUUUGUAGUAUUCCGGCGUCUCUCUGCAUGGCUUUGGAUCCUCUGGCACCAUCGGACAGACAUCACGAACCUGUCAUUAUUAAUUUGAACUGUGUUGCAGUGGCUUCACCGAGCUCUCUACCAUUUGAUACUUCUGCUUCCUUCAACUUUAAAAAGGCAAAUUAUAGCAGUAUUAAUGCUGCUCUGGCGUCGACAAAUUGGAAUGAUCUCCUUGGUGGUCAUGAGUGGGACGUUGACAUGGCGCUUGAUUGUUUUUACCGGAAAUUAUUCGAAAUUAUUAGCUGCAACGUUCCGCUUACUGGCUCUUUCACUGCUAGAUUCCCGAGUUGGAUGACAGACGAAUUGAGAGCUGCGAUUUCUCAGAAGAAGAUGGCCCACCGGAUAUUUAAGGCUUCGGGAGAUGGUCAGGCAUUGCAUGACUUCAGGAGCUUCCGGACAAUUUGCAAGCGUCUGACGUUGCGCGACUACAGUCGAUUUAUUAGUGAUGUUGAGGAGUCAUUGGAGUCUGAUCCUGGAGAGUUCUGGAGGUUUGCUAACCCUAGGGAUUGUUGCUCUGGCUAUCCUGAUAGUAUGUAUUAUAAUAGUAUCGAUGCCCAUGAUGGCCCGGAUAUUGUCAACUUGUUUGCGGAUUUUCUUCGGUUUUUCUUCAACUUCACUACUUAA